AUGUCCAACAACACACAAGCCUAUAUUCCAUGCACGUUAGACACUUGCCCAAUAUCCUGGUCUACAAUUGGAUAUCAGCCAAAUCUGUGCGGAAAUGCGUUAUUUCUGGCAAUAUUUGCAGUUGCGUUGUUUGUACAACUUGCGAUAGGCGUCCGUUAUAAAACCUGGAGCUACCUUGUGGGCAUGGGAGGAGGCCUUGUCCUCGAGAUAGUUGGCUACGCGGGUCGAAUCCAGUUGCAUGUCAAUCCAUUUGUGUUCAACUCUUUCAUACACUAUCCUAACUCGAUGACAAGAUAUCUAGUUUGUUUGACAAUUGCUCCAGCAUUCAUGAGCGCUGUGGUGUAUAUUUGUUUUUACCGUAUCAUCAUCGUCUACGACAGCUCGCUCUCGAGGAUCAAACCAAGGGCAUUUGUGGUGACUUUCAUCGCUAGUGAUGUUUUGUGUCUGAUUCUUCAGGCUGCCGGAGGAGCAAUUACGGCCACUACAGGUGGAUCAAGCGAUGGAGCAGAGGCCAUGCGCAAUACUGGUGUCAAUGUGAUGAUUGCUGGCCUGGCUCUUCAAGUUGUUUCGCUUGUGUUUUUCCUUGCUUGUGCAUUGGACUAUACAUAUCGCGUGAGUCAAAAGGGCUUCUUCCCGGCUACGGCUGCUAUGCAAAGCAGACGUUGGAAAGGUUUCUUGAUUAGCCUGACAAUAGCAACAAUUGCGAUAUUUAUCAGAUCUGUGUUCCGAGUAGCGGAACUUCGGGAUGGGUUUUCAAGCGAGCUCGCUGGAAACGAAGUUGCUUUCAUGAUUCUGGAAGGAGCGAUGAUAGUAGUAGCGACGAUCUGCUUGACUGUAUUUCAUCCCGGCUAUUGCCUUGGUGUUUCGUGGAAAGUGUCAACCUAA